AUGCUGAGAUGCUGCACAGUGUGUUGUGGUGUUCAGGAUGGUGGAUCUCCCAGAGAGAAGAGCUUCUUGCUGGCCUCUCAGUGGUACCCAGAGGUGAUGAUCCAGAUGGACAGAGCAAUAAGGCGCAUAGAGCCAUGGAAGAUUGCAGUCGUCGUGUCGGUGAUAGUAGGCUUAGCCCUCAUCAUUGGCUUGCUAACAUUUCUUCUGUGCCACGAUCAAGACAGGUAUUACAAUGCAUCUUUCCUAAUCACCAAUGUUGACUACAAUCCUCAGUAUGAAAGGCAAACUACAGAUGAGUUCAGGAACCUAAGCAAAGAUAUUGAAACCAUGAUAUCUGAAGCAUUCAGGGGGUCCUUUCUGAGUAAAAGAUACAUCAGGUCCCACGUGGUCAGUCUAAGCCCAGAUCCUGUUGGAGUGCUUGCAUCUGUUGUUCUGGUAUUUAAAUUUCCCUCUGCUGACAGUGAGGCAACGACCUGGGGUCAAGUCAGCCGUGUGUUACUCAGAAGGCUGAAAGCAACCUCGAUGUACCUGCAUGUUGACCAGUCUACCAUUAGACUCACAGAGUUGAACAAGGAAAAGGGAGAUAACCUUUUAAACAACUGCUGUGGAAUACGAAGACAGGCAUUCUCCUUCUCAGGAGUGGAAAGAAUAACUGGUGGGCAGCAUGCACAGGAGGGAGAAUGGCCAUGGCAGGCGAGUAUUCAGCUCGAUGGGACCCAUCGCUGUGGUGCGUCAAUCAUCAGUAACACCUGGCUGGUGACUGCAGCCCACUGCUUUAGAGGAGUAAGAGAUCCUCAGAGGUGGACUGACAGCUUUGGAAUUCUGCUGAGACCUCCAAAACAGAAAAAAUUUGUCCGGAGAAUUAUUGUUCACAAGAGAUAUGGUGACCAUCUCCUUGAUCAUGAAUAUAAUGUGGCUGUUGUGGAACUUGCCUCUGCUAUUGAGUUCACAAGUGACAUGCACAGUGUCUGCCUUCCUGAAGCAUCUCACAUUUUUCUAGACAACAUUUCCUGUUCUGUCACUGGGUGGGGAGCUUUGGAGAAUGAUGGCUAUAGUGUUAAUCAGCUUCGACAAGCAGAAGUGAGAAUUAUAAGUACGAAGGUUUGUAAUAGGAGACAAGUGUACGGUGGAGCGAUAACACCUGGAAUGUUGUGUGCUGGAUACUUGGAGGGGCAGGUGGAUGCUUGCCAGGGUGACUCUGGUGGGCCACUGGUGCAUGCAAAUUCCAGAGGAAUCUGGUAUCUUGUGGGAAUAAUGAGCUGGGGAGAUGAAUGUGGCAAGCCAAAUAAACCAGGAGUAUACACACGAGUGACUUACUAUCGAAACUGGAUCCACUCCAAAACGGGCAUCUGA